AUGUUCAUCUGCAAGCCAGAUCAUCCCUCAUCCGAGGACAUCUCCGGCAAACUAGGCCAUGAUCACCGGUUCAAUAUUCCGGUCGUGGACCUUGGUGAUGUUGCCUCUGGAAGGCCUUUUAAGGUAAUCGAAGAUAUCCGGCCCGCAGCGAAGAGCGUGGGGUUCUUUCAUAUGGUUAACCAUGGGGUACCCAAGAGAGUGUUGGAAGAGAUGCUGGAGGGGAUUCGUGGGUUUCAUGAGCUGCCGAGGGAGGUGAAGGCUGAGUACUAUACUAGGGAUCCCACGAGGAAGUAUACGAAUGAAAUGCACAAAUUAGGUAUCACUUUGUUUGAAUUGCUAUCUGAGGCACUUGGACUCAAAUCUGACCAUCUUGAAGGUUUGGAUUGCGCAAAAGAACAUCUCAUUGCUGCUCACUACUAUCCACCAUGUCCUGAGCCUGAGCUCACAAUUGGCACAGGCAAACACUCAGAUGGCACUUUCAUAACACUUCUACUUCAAGAUCACAUUGGUGGACUUCAGGUUUUGCAUGAAAACCAGGGGAUUGAUGUUGUUCCUGUGCCUGGAUCUGUAAUAGUUAAGAUUGGAAAUUUCAUGCAGAUAAUCUCAAAUGAUAAGUUUGUAAGCGUUGAUCAUAGAGUGUUGGCAAACAAAAAAGAAGGUCCAAGAGUAUCUGUGGGGUUCUUUUUCAAGCAUGCUGAUAAUUCGUCGAGGCUAUACGAGCCAAGCAAAGAGCUGAUAUCCAAAGAAAAUCUCCGUAUUUACCGAACAGUCACUAUGAAAGAAUAUUUUGUGGAAUAUCACAAAAACAUCCUAAAUGGGGUCUUUGCCCUAGAAUCUUUGAAGGUGUGA